GCGGCUGGCGACGCCUGCGCAGUGCGGUCGCGGUCCUCGGAGCCUUGCACCGGGCCACUCUAGAGAUGGCGGACGAGGUGGGCACCCUGAUGAAGGCCACGGUCCUGAUGCGGCAGCCCCAGCGGGUGCAGGAGAUCGUGGGCGCUCUCCGCCGGGGCGGGGGAGACCGGCUGCAGGUGAUUUCUGAUUUUGACAUGACCUUGAGCAGGUUUGCAUAUAAUGGAAAGAGAUGCCCUUCUUCCUACAAUAUUCUGGAUAACAGCAAGAUCAUCAGUGAGGAGUGUCGAAAAGAGCUCGCGGCACUCUUUCACCACUAUUACCCCAUUGAGAUUGACCCACACCGGCCUAUCAAAGAAAAGUUGCCACAUAUGGUGGAGUGGUGGACCAAGGCGCACAACCUUUUGUGUCAGCAGAGGAUUCAGAAGUCUCAGCUAGCACAGGUGGUCGGAGAGUCCACUGCAAUGCUCAGGGAGGGGUAUAAGAUAUUCUUCAACACACUCUGUCAAAACAACAUUCCUCUUUUCAUCUUUUCUGCCGGCAUUGGAGACAUCCUGGAAGAAAUUAUCCGACAGAUGAAAGUGCUCCACCCUAACAUCCACAUUGUGUCUAACUACAUGGACUUCAGUGAAGACGGUUUCCUACAGGGAUUCAAGGGCCAGCUCAUCCACACGUACAACAAGAACAGCUGUGUGUGUGAGAACUCCAGUUACUUCCAGCAGCUUCAGGGCAAAACCAACAUCCUCCUGCUUGGAGAUUCCAUGGGGGACCUCACUAUGGCUGAUGGGAUUCCUGGGGUGCAGAACAUUCUCAAGAUUGGAUUCCUAAAUGACAAGGUGGAGGAACAGCGGGAGUGCUAUAUGGAUUCCUAUGACAUUGUCUUGGAGAAGGACGAGACACUGGACGUGGUCAACGGGCUGCUGCAGUAUAUCCUGAGCCAGGGGGACCACAUGGAGAUGCAGGGCACCUAAGGGCGCAGGCCUCUGCCAGACUGCAGGCAUGAGGAGGAAGAGCGCCUCCCCACGGUACCACUGUGCUGUGAGCAGAGAAAAGUGCAGGGUGGCCCAGAGCUGGUGGCCCUCCCCUCCCUGCCUUCUCCUCCCCCCAUGCCUUUGCCUUCUUCCUGGUUACCAGAGGUUUGAGGUAGGCCCAGGCCAGUAAGUAUGGUUCAAGAUGAACUGUGGACCACAGCAUGUCACCAUUCUAUGGUCAUCCAAUUCAGGGAUUCUUUUUAAAAAUUUUUUUAGGGCUGGGAAUGUAGCUCAGUGGUAGAGCACUUGCCUAGCAUGUGCGAGUUCCUGGAUUCCAUCCCAGAAUACCAAAAGAGGAAAAACAAAAUUUUUUUUUGUAAACAUGGGAAGCUAUACUUCAGAAAUAUAUAAUGUGUAAAAAGAGUAAAGGUAACAAAUGAAAAGACAAAGCUGUUCUGAUUUAGGGUGUGUGUAAGUGGGUUAGGGGCAAGUGGGGGAGAGCCUAACCUCUUGGCCCUGGACACACACAGGAACCUCCGAGAAGCCUCUGGGCUUCAAAGUUUGAGAACCAUAGUGAAGCAGCGCAGAAGCCAUCUGAGUACAGCCUG